AUGGAGGCUGAAGGCAAUUCAGCUUCUCAAUCCGGGGUGGAGAAGCUCCUGAGUACUCCAGAUAUGAGUGCUCAGGAUGCGGAGGCUAUGGAAGCGCUGGGACGGAAGGGUGGCCAGUCCCAGGAUGAAAUAGAGCUAAAUGCUCUCAAGGAGAGGGUUAAAACACUCUCGUCUGAGAAGACUGCUCUUGAGGGAAGGCUGAAGAAGCUUUCCCAGUCUAAAAAAACCCAAGCCCAAGCCCAAGCCCAUGUGCUCUUCUUUGGGUGGGCUUUGGUUUGGCCUUCCUCCGCGUCUUCCUUCCCUCCCCGGCUCCCCCCUCCCUUCCCUAAGCAGCUGCUAAGCAAGCAAAGCACCAUGGCCGCCGCCCUCUGCCGGAGCCCCUCCUUGCUCUGCCGCCGCCACCUCCUCAUCCGCCUCCUCUCCACCCACACCCAGCUCCAGACCCCCCCACCCCCACCCACCACCCCCGCCGACCUCUCCCGCCUCAAGUCCUCCAUCCGCGACGCCGCCACCACCCCGGACGCCCUCGCCGCUCUCUUCCUCUCGGCCCUCCCCCACCCCGCCUUCCUCGCCGACCGCCCCCUCUUCGCACUCUCCGUCCGCCGCCUCGCAUCCGCAGGCCGCCGCGACCUCGUCGCCUCCAUCCUCUCCUCCUCCCUCACCGCCCUCCCCAGCCCCCACCCCUCCGAGGGCUUUCUCAUCCGCCUCAUCUCCCUCUACUCCGCCGCCGCCAUGCCCGACCACUCCCUCACCGCCUUCCGCCUCGUCAAGCCCCCCUCCGAACGCGCCCUCUCCGCCCUCCUCUCGGCCUACCACGACAACCGCCUCUACGACCGCGUCGUCCAGGCCUUCAACACCCUCCCCGCCGAGGUCCACAUCAAGCCAGGGCUCGUCUCCCACAACGUCCUCCUCAAAACCCUCGUGGCCAGCGGGGACCUCGCCGCCGCCCGCGCGGUGUUCGACGAAAUGCCCCAAAGGGCUGGUGUCCAGCCGGACAUCGUCUCCUGCAACGAGAUCCUCAAGGGCUACCUCAACACCGGCGACGAUGCUGCCUUCCACCAACUGCUUAAGGAGAUCGCCGGUCCUGAGCGGCACCUCAAGCCCAACGUCGGGACCUACAACCUCCGGAUGACCCUGCUGUGCGCAAGAGGGAGGAGCUUUGAAGCCCAAGAGCUGCUGGACGCCAUGGGGGCAAGGGGCGUCCCGCCCAACCGCGCAUGCUUCAACACGGUCAUCAAGGGGCUCUGCAACGAGGGGGAGGUGGGUGCUGCCAUGGCGCUCUUCAGAAACAUGCCAGAGGUGCCCAGGCAGAAUGGCAAAGGGGUCUCCCCCAACUUUGAGACCUACAUCAUGCUGCUUGAGGCCCUCGUCAGCAAGGGUGUGUUUGAUCCUGCAACGGAGGUCUGCAAGGAGUGCCUGCGCAACAAGUGGGCACCACCAUUCCAAGCUGUCAAAGGUUUGGUUCAGGGCUUGCUCAGGAGCAGGAAGGCCAAACAGGCAAAGGAGCUUCUCAUGGCCAUGAGGAAGGUUGUCAAGGGUGACGCCAAAGAGGAGUGGACGAAGGUUGAGGCUCAGCUCUCAUUGCUGCUUGCUGACAAGAAAGCCUAAACGCCCGGAACGAAAUUGUUUCUUUUUUUUGUUUUAGAUGAGAUUUGCAUUAGGAAUUAAUCGGAUGGGUGACUUUCAAUGGUCUAGACUUUAAUCAUGCAUACUUAAUAAUGACCCCAUAUUCUUGUUGAUUUUAUUUGUGUUGAGCAUGAUCCAACUGCCCUAGCAAUGCUAUGUUCUGUUUCAUGGUGUGCCCCGCGUUAUGUUCUUCCUGA